GGGGGGGGGGGGGGGGGGGGGGGGGGGGGGGGGGGGGGGGGGGGGGGGGGGGGGGGGGGGGGGGGGGGGGGGGGGGGGGGGGGGGGGGGGGGGGGGUGGGGGGGGGGGGGGGGGGGGGGGGGGGGGGGGGGGGGGGGGGGGGGGGGGGGGGGGGGGGGGGGGGGGGGGGGGGGGGGGGGGGGGGGGGGGGGGGGGGGGGGGGGGGGGGGGGGGGGGGGGGGGGGGGGGGGGGGGGGGGGGGGGGGGGGGGGGGGGGGGGGGGGGGGGGGGGGGGGGGGGGGGGGGGGGGGGGGGGGGGGGGGGGGGGGGGGGGGGGGGGGGGGGGGGGGGGGGGGGGGGGGGGGGGGGGGGGGGGGGGGGGGGGGGGGGGGGGGGGGGGGGGGGGGGGGGGGGGGGGGGGGGGGGGGGGGGGGGGGGGGGGGGGGGGGGGGGGGGGGGGGGGGGGGGGGGGGGGGGGGGGGGGGGGGGGGGGGGGGGGGGGGGGGGGGGGGGGGUGGGGGGGGGGGGGGGGGGGGGGGGGGGGGGGGGGGGGGGGGGGGGGGGGGGGGGGGGGGGGGGGGGGGGGGGGGGGGGGGGGGGGGGGGGGGGGGGGGGGGGGGGGGGGGGGGGGGGGGGGGGGGGGGGGGGGGGGGGGGGGGGGGGGGGGGGGGGGGGGGGGGGGGGGGGGGGGGGGGGGGGGGGGGGGGGGGGGGGGGGGGGGGGGGGGGGGGGGGGGGGGGGGGGGGGGGGGGGGGGGGGGGGGGGGGGGGGGGGGGGGGGGGGGGGGGGGGGGGGGGGGGGGGGGGGGGGGGGGGGGGGGGGGGGGGGGGGGGGGGGGGGGGGGGGGGGGGGGGGGGGGGGGGGGGGGGGGGGGGGGGGGGGGGGGGGGGGGGGGGGGGGGGGGGGGGGGGGGGGGGGGGGGGGGGGGGGGGGGGGGGGGGGGGGGGGGGGGGGGGGGGGGGGGGGGGGGGGGGGGGGGGGGGGGGGGGGGGGGGGGGGGGGGGGGGGGGGGGGGGGGGGGGGGGGGGGGGGGGGGGGGGGGGGGGGGGGGGGGGGGGGGGGGGGGGGGGGGGGGGGGGGGGGGGUGGGGGGGGGGGGGGGGGGGGGGGGGGGGGGGGGGGGGGGGGGGGGGGGGGGGGGGGGGGGGGGGGGGGGGGGGGGGGGGGGGGGGGGGGGGGGGGGGGGGGGGGGGGGGGGGGGGGGGGGGGGGGGGGGGGGGGGGGGGGGGGGGGGGGGGGGGGGGGGGGGGGGGGGGGGGGGGGGGGGGGGGGGGGGGGGGGGGGGGGGGGGGGGGGGGGGGGGGGGGGGGGGGGGGGGGGGGGGGGGGGGGGGGGGGGGGGGGGGGGGGGGGGGGGGGGGGGGGGGGGGGGGGGGGGGGGGGGGGGGGGGGGGGGGGGGGGGGGGGGGGGGGGGGGGGGGGGGGGGGGGGGGGGGGGGGGGGGGGGGGGGGGGGGGGUGGGGGGGGGGGGGGGGGGGGGGGGGGGGGGGGGGGGGGGGGGGGGGGGGGGGGGGGGGGGGGGGGGGGGGGGGGGGGGGGGGGGGGGGGGGGGGGGGGGGGGGGGGGGGGGGGGGGGGGGGGGGGGGGGGGGGGGGGGGGGGGGGGGGGGGGGGGGGGGGGGGGGGGGGGGGGGGGGGGGGGGGGGGGGGGGGGGGGGGGGGGGGGGGGGGGGGGGGGGGGGGGGGGGGGGGGGGGGGGGGGGGGGGGGGGGGGGGGGGGGGGGGGGGGGGGGGGGGGGGGGGGGGGGGGGGGGGGGGGGGGGGGGGGGGGGGGGGGGGGGGGGGUGGGGGGGGGGGGGGGGGGGGGGGGGGGGGGGGGGGGGGGGGGGGGGGGGGGGGGGGGGGGGGGGGGGGGGGGGGGGGGGGGGGGGGGGGGGGGGGGGGGGGGGGGGGGGGGGGGGGGGGGGGGGGGGGGGGGGGGGGGGGGGGGGGGGGGGGGGGGGGGGGGGGGGGGGGGGGGGGGGGGGGGGGGGGGGGGGGGGGGGGGGGGGGGGGGGGGGGGGGGGGGGGGGGGGGGGGGGGGGGGGGGGGGGGGGGGGGGGGGGGGGGGGGGGGGGGGGGGGGGGGGGGGGGGGGGGGGGGGGGGGGGGGGGGGGGGGGGGGGGGGGGGGGGGGGGGGGGGGGGGGGGGGGGGGGGGGGGGGGGGGGGGGGGGGGGGGGGGGGGGGGGGGGGGGGGGGGGGGGGGGGGGGGGGGGGGGGGGGGGGGGGGGGGGGGGGGGGGGGGGGGGGGGGGGGGGGGGGGGGGGGGGGGGGGGGGGGGGGGGGGGGGGGGGGGGGGGGGGGGGGGGGGGGGGGGGGGGGGGGGGGGGGGGGGGGGGGGGGGGGGGGGGGGGGGGGGGGGGGGGGGGGGGGGGGGGGGGGGGGGGGGGGGGGGGGGGGGGGGGGGGGGGGGGGGGGGGGGGGGGGGGGGGGGGGGGGGGGGGGGGGGGGGGGUGGGGGGGGGGGGGGGGGGGGGGGGGGGGGGGGGGGGGGGGGGGGGGGGGGGGGGGUGGGGGGGGGGGGGGGGGGGGGGGGGGGGGGGGGGGGGGGGGGGGGGGGGGGGGGGGGGGGGGGGGGGGGGGGGGGGGGGGGGGGGGGGGGGGGGGGGGGGGGGGGGGGGGGGGGGGGGGGGGGGGGGGGGGGGGGGGGGGGGGGGGGGGGGGGGGGGGGGGGGGGGGGGGGGGGGGGGGGGGGGGGGGGGGGGGGGGGGGGGGGGGGGGGGGGGGGGGGGGGGGGGGGGGGGGGGGGGGGGGGGGGGGGGGGGGGGGGGGGGGGGGGGGGGGGGGGGGGGGGGGGGGGGGGGGGGGGGGGGGGGGGGGGGGGGGGGGGGGGGGGGGGGGGGGGGGGGGGGGGGGGGGGGGGGGGGGGGGGGGGGGGGGGGGGGGGGGGGGGGGGGGGGGGGGGGGGGGGGGGGGGGGGGGGGGGGGGGGGGGGGGGGGGGGGGGGGGGGGGGGGGGGGGGGGGGGGGGGGGGGGGGGGGGGGGGGGGGGGGGGGGGGGGGGGGGGGGGGGGGGGGGGGGGGGGGGGGGGGGGGGGGGGGGGGGGGGGGGGGGGGGGGGGGGGGGGGGGGGGGGGGGGGGGGGGGGGGGGGGUGGGGGGGGGGGGGGGGGGGGGGGGGGGGGGGGGGGGGGGGGGGGGGGGGGGGGGGGGGGGGGGGGGGGGGGGGGGGGGGGGGGGGGGGGGGGGGGGGGGGGGGGGGGGGGGGGGGGGGGGGGGGGGGGGGGGGGGGGGGGGGGGGGGGGGGGGGGGGGGGGGGGGGGGGGGGGGGGGGGGGGGGGGGGGGGGGGGGGGGGGGGGGGGGGGGGGGGGGGGGGGGGGGGGGGGGGGGGGGGGGGGGGGGGGGGGGGGGGGGGGGGGGGGGGGGGGGGGGGGGGGGGGGGGGGGGGGGGGGGGGGGGGGGGGGGGGGGGGGGGGGGGGGGGUGGGGGGGGGGGGGGGGGGGGGGGGGGGGGGGGGGGGGGGGGGGGGGGGGGGGGGGGGGGGGGGGGGGGGGGGGGGGGGGGGGGGGGGGGGGGGGGGGGGGGGGGGGGGGGGGGGGGGGGGGGGGGUGGGGGGGGGGGGGGGGGGGGGGGGGGGGGGGGGGGGGGGGGGGGGGGGGGGGGGGGGGGGGGGGGGGGGGGGGGGGGGGGGGGGGGGGGGGGGGGGGGGGGGGGGGGGGGGGGGGGGGGGGGGGGGGGGGGGGGGGGGGGGGGGGGGGGGGGGGGGGGGGGGGGGGGGGGGGGGGGGGGGGGGGGGGGGGGGGGGGGGGGGGGGGGGGGGGGGGGGGGGGGGGGGGGGGGGGGGGGGGGGGGGGGGGGGGGGGGGGGGGGGGGGGGGGGGGGGGGGGGGGGGGGGGGGGGGGGGGGGGGGGGGGGGGGGGGGGGGGGGGGGGGGGGGGGGGGGGGGGGGGGGGGGGGGGGGGGGGGGGGGGGGGGGGGGGGGGGGGGGGGGGGGGGUGGGGGGGGGGGGGGGGGGGGGGGGGGGGGGGGGGGGGGGGGGGGGGGGGGGGGGGGGGGGGGGGGGGGGGGGGGGGGGGGGGGGGGGGGGGGGGGGGGGGGGGGGGGGGGGGGGGGGGGGGGGGGGGGGGGGGGGGGGGGGGGGGGGGGGGGGGGGGGGGGGGGGGGGGGGGGGGGGGGGGGGGGGGGGGGGGGGGGGGGGGGGGGGGGGGGGGGGGGGGGGGGGGGGGGGGGGGGGGGGGGGGGGGGGGGGGGGGGGGGGGGGGGGGGGGGGGGGGGGGGGGGGGGGGGGGGGGGGGGGGGGGGGGGGGGGGGGGGGGGGGGGGGGGGGGGGGGGGGGGGGGGGGGGGGGGGGGGGGGGGGGGGGGGGGGGAGGGGGGGGGGGGGGGGGGGGGGGGGGGGGGGGGGGGGGGGGGGGGGGGGGGGGGGGGGGGGGGGGGGGGGGGGGGGGGGGGGGGGGGGGGGGGGGGGGGGGGGGGGGGGGGGGGGGGGGGGGGGGGGGGGUGGGGGGGGGGGGGGGGGGGGGGGGGGGGGGGGGGGGGGGGGGGGGGGGGGGGGGGGGGGGGGGGGGGGGGGGGGGGGGGGGGGGGGGGGGGGGGGGGGGGGGGGGGGGGGGGGGGGGGGGGGGGGGGGGGGGGGGGGGGGGGGGGGGGGGGGGGGGGGGGGGGGGGGGGGGGGGGGGGGGGGGGUGGGGGGGGGGGGGGGGGGGGGGGGGGGGGGGGGGGGGGGGGGGGGGGGGGGGGGGGGGGGGGGGGGGGGGGGGGGGGGGGGGGGGGGGGGGGGGGGGGGGGGGGGGGGGGGGGGGGGGGGGGGGGGGGGGGGGGGGGGGGGGGGGGGGGGGGGGGGGGGGGGGGGGGGGGGGGGGGGGGGGGGGGGGGGGGGGGGGGGGGGGGGGGGGGGGGGGGGGGGGGGGGGGGGGGGGGGGGGGGGGGGGGGGGGGGGGGGGGGGGGGGGGGGGGGGGGGGGGGGGGGGGGGGGGGGGGGGGGGGGGGGGGGGGGGGGGGGGGGGGGGGGGGGGGGGGGGGGGGGGGGGGGGGGGGGGGGGGGGGGGGGGGGGGGGGGGGGGGGGGGGGGGGGGGGGGGGGGGGGGGGGGGGGGGGGGGGGGGGGGGGGGGGGGGGGGGGGGGGGGGGGGGGGGGGGGGGGGGGGGGGGGGGGGGGGGGGGGGGGGGGGGGGGGGGGGGGGGGGGGGGGGGGGGGGGGGGGGGGGGGGGGGGGGGGGGGGGGGGGGGGGGGGGGGGGGGGGGGGGGGGGGGGGGGGGGGGGGGGGGGGGGGGGGGGGGGGGGGGGGGGGGGGGGGGGGGGGGGGGGGGGGGGGGGGGGGGGGGGGGGGGGGGGGGGGGGGGGGGGGGGGGGGGGGGGGGGGGGGGGGGGGGGGGGGGGGGGGGGGGGGGGGGGGGGGGGGGGGGGGGGGGGGGGGGGGGGUGGGGGGGGGGGGGGGGGGGGGGGGGGGGGGGGGGGGGGGGGGGGGGGGGGGGGGGGGGGGGGGGGGGGGGGGGGGGGGGGGGGGGGGGGGGGGGGGGGGGGGGGGGGGGGGGGGGGGGGGGGGGGGGGAGGGGGGGGGGGGGGGGGGGGGGGGGGGGGGGGGGGGGGGGGGGGGGGGGGGGGGGGGGGGGGGGGGGGGGGGGGGGGGGGGGGGGGGGGGGGGGGGGGGGGGGGGGGGGGGGGGGGGGGGGGGGGGGGGGGGGGGGGGGGGGGGGGGGGGGGGGGGGGGGGGGGGGGGGGGGGGGGGGGGGGGGGGGGGGGGGGGGGGGGGGGGGGGGGGGGGGGGGGGGGGGGGGGGGGGGGGGGGGGGGGGGGGGGGGGGGGGGGGGGGGGGGGGGGGGGGGGGGGGGGGGGGGGGGGGGGGGGGGUGGGGGGGGGGGGGGGGGGGGGGGGGGGGGGGGGGGGGGGGGGGGGGGGGGGGGGGGGGGGGGGGGGGGGGGGGGGGGGGGGGGGGGGGGGGGGGGGGGGGGGGGGGGGGGGGGGGGGGGGGGGGGGGGGGGGGGGGGGGGGGGGGGGGGGGGGGGGGGGGGGGGGGGGGGGGGGGGGGGGGGGGGGGGGGGGGGGGGGGGGGGGGGGGGGGGGGGGGGGGGGGGGGGGGGGGGGGGGGGGGGGGGGGGGGGGGGGGGGGGGGGGGUGGGGGGGGGGGGGGGGGGGGGGGGGGGGGGGGGGGGGGGGGGGGGGGGGGGGGGGGGGGGGGGGGGGGGGGGGGGGGGGGGGGGGGGGGGGGGGGGGGGGGGGGGGGGGGGGGGGGGGGGGGGGGGGGGGGGGGGGGGGGGGGGGGGGGGGGGGGGGGGGGGGGGGGGGGGGGGGGGGGGGGGGGGGGGGGGGGGGGGGGGGGGGGGGGGGGGGGGGGGGGGGGGGGGGGGGGGGGGGGGGGGGGGGGGGGGGGGGGGGGGGGGGGGGGGGGGGGGGGGGGGGGGGGGGGGGGGGGGGGGGGGGGGGGGGGGGGGGGGGGGGGGGGGGGGGGGGGGGGGGGGGGGGGGGGGGGGGGGGGGGGGGGGGGGGGGGGGGGGGGGGGGGGGGGGGGGGGGGGGGGGGGGGGGGGGGGGGGGGGGGGGGGGGGGGGGGGGGGGGGGGGGGGGGGGGGGGGGGGGGGGGGGGGGGGGGGGGGGGGGGGGGGGGGGGGGGGGGGGGGGGGGGGGGGGGGGGGGGGGGGGGGGGGGGGGGGGGGGGGGGGGGGGGGGGGGGGGGGGGGGGGGGGGGGGGGGGGGGGGGGGGGGGGGGGGGGGGGGGGGGGGGGGGGGGGGGGGGGGGGGGGGGGGGGGGGGGGGGGGGGGGGGGGGGGGGGGGGGGGGGGGGGGGGGGGUGGGGGGGGGGGGGGGGGGGGGGGGGGGGGGGGGGGGGGGGGGGGGGGGGGGGGGGGGGGGGGGGGGGGGGGGGGGGGGGGGGGGGGGGGGGGGGGGGGGGGGGGGGGGGGGGGGGGGGGGGGGGGGGGGGGGGGGGGGGGGGGGGGGGGGGGGGGGGGGGGGGGGGGGGGGGGGGGGGGGGGGGGGGGGGGGGGGGGGGGGGGGGGGGGGGGGGGGGGGGGGGGGGGGGGGGGGGGGGGGGGGGGGGGGGGGGGGGGGGGGGGGGGGGGGGGGGGGGGGGGGGGGGGGGGGGGGGGGGGGGGGGGGGGGGGGGGGGGGGGGGGGGGGGGGGGGGGGGGGGGGGGGGGGGGGGGGGGGGGGGGGGGGGGGGGGGGGGGGGGGGGGGGGGGGGGGGGGGGGGGGGGGGGGGGGGGGGGGGGGGGGGGGGGGGGGGGGGGGGGGGGGGGGGGGGGGGGGGGGGGGGGGGGGGGGGGGGGGGGGGGGGGGGGGGGGGGGGGGGGGGGGGGGGGGGGGGGGGGGGGGGGGGGGGGGGGGGGGGGGGGGGGGGGGGGGGGGGGGGGGGGGGGGGGGGGGGGGGGGGGGGGGGGGGGGGGGGGGGGGGGGGGGGGGGGGGGGGGGGGGGGGGGGGGGGGGGGGGGGGGGGGGGGGGGGGGGGGGGGGGGGGGGGGGGGGGGGGGGGGGGGGGGGGGGGGGGGGGGGGGGGGGGGGGGGGGGGGGGGGGGGGGGGGGGGGGGGGGGGGGGGGGGGGGGGGGGGGGGGGGGGGGGGGGGGGGGGGGGGGGGGGGGGGGGGGGGGGGGGGGGGGGGGGGGGGGGGGGGGGGGGGGGGGGGGGGGGGGGGGGGGGGGGGGGGGGGGGGGGGGGGGGGGGGGGGGGGGGGGGGGGGGGGGGGGGGGGGGGGGGGGGGGGGGGGGGGGGGGGGGGGGGGGGGGGGGGGGGGGGGGGGGGGGGGGGGGGGGGGGGGGGGGGGGGGGGGGGGGGGGGGGGGGGGGGGGGGGGGGGGGGGGGGGGGGGGGGGGGGGGGGGGGGGGGGGGGGGGGGGGGGGGGGGGGGGGGGGGGGGGGGGGGGGGGGGGGGGGGGGGGGGGGGGGGGGGGGGGGGGGGGGGGGGGGGGGGGGGGGGGGGGGGGGGGGGGGGGGGGGGGGGGGGGGGGGGGGGGGGGGGGGGGGGGGGGGGGGGGGGGGGGGGGGGGGGGGGGGGGGGGGGGGGGGGGGGGGGGGGGGGGGGGGGGGGGGGGGGGGGGGGGGGGGGGGGGGGGGGGGGGGGGGGGGGGGGGGGGGGGGGGGGGGGGGGGGGGGGGGGGGGGGGGGGGGGGGGGGGGGGGGGGGGGGGGGGGGGGGGGGGGGGGGGGGGGGGGGGGGGGGGGGGGGGGGGGGGGGGGGGGGGGGGGGGGGGGGGGGGGGGGGGGGGGGGGGGGGGGGGGGGGGGGGGGGGGGGGGGGGGGGGGGGGGGGGGGGGGGGGGGGGGGGGGGGGGGGGGGGGGGGGGGGGGGGGGGGGGGGGGGGGGGGGGGGGGGGGGGGGGGGGGGGGGGGGGGGGGGGGGGGGGGGGGGGGGGGGGGGGGGGGGGGGGGGGGGGGGGGGGGGGGGGGGGGGGGGGGGGGGGGGGGGGGGGGGGGGGGGGGGGGGGGGGGGGGGGGGGGGGGGGGGGGGGGGGGGGGGGGGGGGGGGGGGGGGGGGGGGGGGGGGGGGGGGGGGGGGGGGGGGGGGGGGGGGGGGGGGGGGGGGGGGGGGGGGGGGGGGGGGGGGGGGGGGGGGGGGGGGGGGGGGGGGGGGGGGGGGGGGGGGGGGGGGGGGGGGGGGGGGGGGGGGGGGGGGGGGGGGGGGGGGGGGGGGGGGGGGGGGGGGGGGGGGGGGGGGGGGGGGGGGGGGGGGGGGGGGGGGGGGGGGGGGGGGGGGGGGGGGGGGGGGGGGGGGGGGGGGGGGGGGGGGGGGGGGGGGGGGGGGGGGGGGGGGGGGGGGGGGGGGGGGGGGGGGGGGGGGGGGGGGGGGGGGGGGGGGGGGGGGGGGGGGGGGGGGGGGGGGGGGGGGGGGGGGGGGGGGGGGGGGGGGGGGGGGGGGGGGGGGGGGGGGGGGGGGGGGGGGGGGGGGGGGGGGGGGGGGGGGGGGGGGGGGGGGGGGGGGGGGGGGGGGGGGGGGGGGGGGGGGGGGGGGGGGGGGGGGGGGGGGGGGGGGGGGGGGGGGGGGGGGGGGGGGGGGGGGGGGGGGGGGGGGGGGGGGGGGGGGGGGGGGGGGGGGGGGGGGGGGGGGGGGGGGGGGGGGGGGGGGGGGGGGGGGGGGGGGGGGGGGGGGGGGGGGGGGGGGGGGGGGGGGGGGGGGGGGGGGGGGGGGGGGGGGGGGGGGGGGGGGGGGGGGGGGGGGGGGGGGGGGGGGGGGGGGGGGGGGGGGGGGGGGGGGGGGGGGGGGGGGGGGGGGGGGGGGGGGGGGGGGGGGGGGGGGGGGGGGGGGGGGGGGGGGGGGGGGGGGGGGGGGGGGGGGGGGGGGGGGGGGGGGGGGGGGGGGGGGGGGGGGGGGGGGGGGGGGGGGGGGGGGGGGUGGGGGGGGGGGGGGGGGGGGGGGGGGGGGGGGGGGGGGGGGGGGGGGGGGGGGGGGGGGGGGGGGGGGGGGGGGGGGGGGGGGGGGGGGGGGGGGGGGGGGGGGGGGGGGGGGGGGGGGGGGGGGGGGGGGGGGGGGGGGGGGGGGGGGGGGGGGGGGGGGGGGGGGGGGGGGGGGGGGGGGGGGGGGGGGGGGGGGGGGGGGGGGGGGGGGGGGGGGGGGGGGGGGGGGGGGGGGGGGGGGGGGGGGGGGGGGGGGGGGGGGGGGGGGGGGGGGGGGGGGGGGGGGGGGGGGGGGGGGGGGGGGGGGGGGGGGGGGGGGGGGGGGGGGGGGGGGGGGGGGGGGGGGGGGGGGGGGGGGGGGGGGGGGGGGGGGGGGGGGGGGGGGGGGGGGGGGGGGGGGGGGGGGGGGGGGGGGGGGGGGGGGGGGGGGGGGGGGGGGGGGGGGGGGGGGGGGGGGGGGGGGGGGGGGGGGGGGGGGGGGGGGGGGGGGGGGGGGGGGGGGGGGGGGGGGGGGGGGGGGGGGGGGGGGGGGGGGGGGGGGGGGGGGGGGGGGGGGGGGGGGGGGGGGGGGGGGGGGGGGGGGGGGGGGGGGGGGGGGGGGGGGGGGGGGGGUGGGGGGGGGGGGGGGGGGGGGGGGGGGGGGGGGGGGGGGGGGGGGGGGGGGGGGGGGGGGGGGGGGGGGGGGGGGGGGGGGGGGGGGGGGGGGGGGGGGGGGGGGGGGGGGGGGGGGGGGGGGGGGGGGGGGGGGGGGGGGGGGGGGGGGGGGGGGGGGGGGGGGGGGGGGGGGGGGGGGGGGGGGGGGGGGGGGGGGGGGGGGGGGGGGGGGGGGGGGGGGGGGGGGGGGGGGGGGGGGGGGGGGGGGGGGGGGGGGGGGGGGGGGGGGGGGGGGGGGGGGGGGGGGGGGGGGGGGGGGGGGGGGGGGGGGGGGGGGGGGGGGGGGGGGGGGGGGGGGGGGGGGGGGGGGGGGGGGGGGGGGGGGGGGGGGGGGGGGGGGGGGGGGGGGGGGGGGGGGGGGGGGGGGGGGGGGGGGGGGGGGGGGGGGGGGGGGGGGGGGGGGGGGGGGGGGGGGGGGGGGGGGGGGGGGGGGGGGGGGGGGGGGGGGGGGGGGGGGGGGGGGGGGGGGGGGGGGGGGGGGGGGGGGGGGGGGGGGGGGGGGGGGGGGGGGGGGGGGGGGGGGGGGGGGGGGGGGGGGGGGGGGGGGGGGGGGGGGGGGGGGGGGGGGGGGGGGGGGGGGGGGGGGGGGGGGGGGGGGGGGGGGGGGGGGGGGGGGGGGGGGGGGGGGGGGGGGGGGGGGGGGGGGGGGGGGGGGGGGGGGGGGGGGGGGGGGGGGGGGGGGGGGGGGGGGGGGGGGGGGGGGGGGGGGGGGGGGGGGGGGGGGGGGGGGGGGGGGGGGGGGGGGGGGGGGGGGGGGGGGGGGGGGGGGGGGGGGGGGGGGGGGGGGGGGGGGGGGGGGGGGGGGGGGGGGGGGGGGGGGGGGGGGGGGGGGGGGGGGGGGGGGGGGGGGGGGGGGGGGGGGGGGGGGGGGGGGGGGGGGGGGGGGGGGGGGGGGGGGGGGGGGGGGGGGGGGGGGGGGGGGGGGGGGGGGGGGGGGGGGGGGGGGGGGGGGGGGGGGGGGGGGGGGGGGGGGGGGGGGGGGGGGGGGGGGGGGGGGGGGGGGGGGGGGGGGGGGGGGGGGGGGGGGGGGGGGGGGGGGGGGGGGGGGGGGGGGGGGGGGGGGGGGGGGGGGGGGGGGGGGGGGGGGGGGGGGGGGGGGGGGGGGGGGGGGGGGGGGGGGGGGGGGGGGGGGGGGGGGGGGGGGGGGGGGGGGGGGGGGGGGGGGGGGGGGGGGGGGGGGGGGGGGGGGGGGGGGGGGGGGGGGGGGGGGGGGGGGGGGGGGGGGGGGGGGGGGGGGGGGGGGGGGGGGGGGGGGGGGGGGGGGGGGGGGGGGGGGGGGGGGGGGGGGGGGGGGGGGGGGGGGGGGGGGGGGGGGGGGGGGGGGGGGGGGGGGGGGGGGGGGGGGGGGGGGGGGGGGGGGGGGGGGGGGGGGGGGGGGGGGGGGGGGGGGGGGGGGGGGGGGGGGGGGGGGGGGGGGGGGGGGGGGGGGGGGGGGGGGGGGGGGGGGGGGGGGGGGGGGGGGGGGGGGGGGGGGGGGGGGGGGGGGGGGGGGGGGGGGGGGGGGGGGGGGGGGGGGGGGGGGGGGGGGGGGGGGGGGGGGGGGGGGGGGGGGGGGGGGGGGGGGGGGGGGGGGGGGGGGGGGGGGGGGGGGGGGGGGGGGGGGGGGGGGGGGGGGGGGGGGGGGGGGGGGGGGGGGGGGGGGGGGGGGGGGGGGGGGGGGGGGGGGGGGGGGGGGGGGGGGGGGGGGGGGGGGGGGGGGGGGGGGGGGGGGGGGGGGGGGGGGGGGGGGGGGGGGGGGGGGGGGGGGGGGGGGGGGGGGGGGGGGGGGGGGGGGGGGGGGGGGGGGGGGGGGGGGGGGGGGGGGGGGGGGGGGGGGGGGGGGGGGGGGGGGGGGGGGGGGGGGGGGGGGGGGGGGGGGGGGGGGGGGGGGGGGGGGGGGGGGGGGGGGGGGGGGGGGGGGGGGGGGGGGGGGGGGGGGGGGGGGGGGGGGGGGGGGGGGGGGGGGGGGGGGGGGGGGGGGGGGGGGGGGGGGGGGGGGGGGGGGGGGGGGGGGGGGGGGGGGGGGGGGGGGGGGGGGGGGGGGGGGGGGGGGGGGGGGGGGGGGGGGGGGGGGGGGGGGGGGGGGGGGGGGGGGGGGGGGGGGGGGGGGGGGGGGGGGGGGGGGGGGGGGGGGGGGGGGGGGGGGGGGGGGGGGGGGGGGGGGGGGGGGGGGGGGGGGGGGGGGGGGGGGGGGGGGGGGGGGGGGGGGGGGGGGGGGGGGGGGGGGGGGGGGGGGGGGGGGGGGGGGGGGGGGGGGGGGGGGGGGGGGGGGGGGGGGGGGGGGGGGGGGGGGGGGGGGGGGGGGGGGGGGGGGGGGGGGGGGGGGGGGGGGGGGGGGGGGGGGGGGGGGGGGGGGGGGGGGGGGGGGGGGGGGGGGGGGGGGGGGGGGGGGGGGGGGGGGGGGGGGGGGGGGGGGGGGGGGGGGGGGGGGGGGGGGGGGGGGGGGGGGGGGGGGGGGGGGGGGGGGGGGGGGGGGGGGGGGGGGGGGGGGGGGGGGGGGGGGGGGGGGGGGGGGGGGGGGGGGGGGGGGGGGGGGGGGGGGGGGGGGGGGGGGGGGGGGGGGGGGGGGGGGGGGGGGGGGGGGGGGGGGGGGGGGGGGGGGGGGGGGGGGGGGGGGGGGGGGGGGGGGGGGGGGGGGGGGGGGGGGGGGGGGGGGGGGGGGGGGGGGGGGGGGGGGGGGGGGGGGGGGGGGGGGGGGGGGGGGGGGGGGGGGGGGGGGGGGGGGGGGGGGGGGGGGGGGGGGGGGGGGGGGGGGGGGGGGGGGGGGGGGGGGGGGGGGGGGGGGGGGGGGGGGGGGGGGGGGGGGGGGGGGGGGGGGGGGGGGGGGGGGGGGGGGGGGGGGGGGGGGGGGGGGGGGGGGGGGGGGGGGGGGGGGGGGGGGGGGGGGGGGGGGGGGGGGGGGGGGGGGGGGGGGGGGGGGGGGGGGGGGGGGGGGGGGGGGGGGGGGGGGGGGGGGGGGGGGGGGGGGGGGGGGGGGGGGGGGGGGGGGGGGGGGGGGGGGGGGGGGGGGGGGGGGGGGGGGGGGGGGGGGGGGGGGGGGGGGGGGGGGGGGGGGGGGGGGGGGGGGGGGGGGGGGGGGGGGGGGGGGGGGGGGGGGGGGGGGGGGGGGGGGGGGGGGGGGGGGGGGGGGGGGGGGGGGGGGGGGGGGGGGGGGGGGGGGGGGGGGGGGGGGGGGGGGGGGGGGGGGGGGGGGGGGGGGGGGGGGGGGGGGGGGGGGGGGGGGGGGGGGGGGGGGGGGGGGGGGGGGGGGGGGGGGGGGGGGGGGGGGGGGGGGGGGGGGGGGGGGGGGGGGGGGGGGGGGGGGGGGGGGGGGGGGGGGGGGGGGGGGGGGGGGGGGGGGGGGGGGGGGGGGGGGGGGGGGGGGGGGGGGGGGGGGGGGGGGGGGGGGGGGGGGGGGGGGGGGGGGGGGGGGGGGGGGGGGGGGGGGGGGGGGGGGGGGGGGGGGGGGGGGGGGGGGGGGGGGGGGGGGGGGGGGGGGGGGGGGGGGGGGGGGGGGGGGGGGGGGGGGGGGGGGGGGGGGGGGGGGGGGGGGGGGGGGGGGGGGGGGGGGGGGGGGGGGGGGGGGGGGGGGGGGGGGGGGGGGGGGGGGGGGGGGGGGGGGGGGGGGGGGGGGGGGGGGGGGGGGGGGGGGGGGGGGGGGGGGGGGGGGGGGGGGGGGGGGGGGGGGGGGGGGGGGGGGGGGGGGGGGGGGGGGGGGGGGGGGGGGGGGGGGGGGGGGGGGGGGGGGGGGGGGGGGGGGGGGGGGGGGGGGGGGGGGGGGGGGGGGGGGGGGGGGGGGGGGGGGGGGGGGGGGGGGGGGGGGGGGGGGGGGGGGGGGGGGGGGGGGGGGGGGGGGGGGGGGGGGGGGGGGGGGGGGGGGGGGGGGGGGGGGGGGGGGGGGGGGGGGGGGGGGGGGGGGGGGGGGGGGGGGGGGGGGGGGGGGGGGGGGGGGGGGGGGGGGGGGGGGGGGGGGGGGGGGGGGGGGGGGGGGGGGGGGGGGGGGGGGGGGGGGGGGGGGGGGGGGGGGGGGGGGGGGGGGGGGGGGGGGGGGGGGGGGGGGGGGGGGGGGGGGGGGGGGGGGGGGGGGGGGGGGGGGGGGGGGGGGGGGGGGGGGGGGGGGGGGGGGGGGGGGGGGGGGGGGGGGGGGGGGGGGGGGGGGGGGGGGGGGGGGGGGGGGGGGGGGGGGGGGGGGGGGGGGGGGGGGGGGGGGGGGGGGGGGGGGGGGGGGGGGGGGGGGGGGGGGGGGGGGGGGGGGGGGGGGGGGGGGGGGGGGGGGGGGGGGGGGGGGGGGGGGGGGGGGGGGGGGGGGGGGGGGGGGGGGGGGGGGGGGGGGGGGGGGGGGGGGGGGGGGGGGGGGGGGGGGGGGGGGGGGGGGGGGGGGGGGGGGGGGGGGGGGGGGGGGGGGGGGGGGGGGGGGGGGGGGGGGGGGGGGGGGGGGGGGGGGGGGGGGGGGGGGGGGGGGGGGGGGGGGGGGGGGGGGGGGGGGGGGGGGGGGGGGGGGGGGGGGGGGGGGGGGGGGGGGGGGGGGGGGGGGGGGGGGGGGGGGGGGGGGGGGGGGGGGGGGGGGGGGGGGGGGGGGGGGGGGGGGGGGGGGGGGGGGGGGGGGGGGGGGGGGGGGGGGGGGGGGGGGGGGGGGGGGGGGGGGGGGGGGGGGGGGGGGGGGGGGGGGGGGGGGGGGGGGGGGGGGGGGGGGGGGGGGGGGGGGGGGGGGGGGGGGGGGGGGGGGGGGGGGGGGGGGGGGGGGGGGGGGGGGGGGGGGGGGGGGGGGGGGGGGGGGGGGGGGGGGGGGGGGGGGGGGGGGGGGGGGGGGGGGGGGGGGGGGGGGGGGGGGGGGGGGGGGGGGGGGGGGGGGGGGGGGGGGGGGGGGGGGGGGGGGGGGGGGGGGGGGGGGGGGGGGGGGGGGGGGGGGGGGGGGGGGGGGGGGGGGGGGGGGGGGGGGGGGGGGGGGGGGGGGGGGGGGGGGGGGGGGGGGGGGGGGGGGGGGGGGGGGGGGGGGGGGGGGGGGGGGGGGGGGGGGGGGGGGGGGGGGGGGGGGGGGGGGGGGGGGGGGGGGGGGGGGGGGGGGGGGGGGGGGGGGGGGGGGGGGGGGGGGGGGGGGGGGGGGGGGGGGGGGGGGGGGGGGGGGGGGGGGGGGGGGGGGGGGGGGGGGGGGGGGGGGGGGGGGGGGGGGGGGGGGGGGGGGGGGGGGGGGGGGGGGGGGGGGGGGGGGGGGGGGGGGGGGGGGGGGGGGGGGGGGGGGGGGGGGGGGGGGGGGGGGGGGGGGGGGGGGGGGGGGGGGGGGGGGGGGGGGGGGGGGGGGGGGGGGGGGGGGGGGGGGGGGGGGGGGGGGGGGGGGGGGGGGGGGGGGGGGGGGGGGGGGGGGGGGGGGGGGGGGGGGGGGGGGGGGGGGGGGGGGGGGGGGGGGGGGGGGGGGGGGGGGGGGGGGGGGGGGGGGGGGGGGGGGGGGGGGGGGGGGGGGGGGGGGGGGGGGGGGGGGGGGGGGGGGGGGGGGGGGGGGGGGGGGGGGGGGGGGGGGGGGGGGGGGGGGGGGGGGGGGGGGGGGGGGGGGGGGGGGGGGGGGGGGGGGGGGGGGGGGGGGGGGGGGGGGGGGGGGGGGGGGGGGGGGGGGGGGGGGGGGGGGGGGGGGGGGGGGGGGGGGGGGGGGGGGGGGGGGGGGGGGGGGGGGGGGGGGGGGGGGGGGGGGGGGGGGGGGGGGGGGGGGGGGGGGGGGGGGGGGGGGGGGGGGGGGGGGGGGGGGGGGGGGGGGGGGGGGGGGGGGGGGGGGGGGGGGGGGGGGGGGGGGGGGGGGGGGGGGGGGGGGGGGGGGGGGGGGGGGGGGGGGGGGGGGGGGGGGGGGGGGGGGGGGGGGGGGGGGGGGGGGGGGGGGGGGGGGGGGGGGGGGGGGGGGGGGGGGGGGGGGGGGGGGGGGGGGGGGGGGGGGGGGGGGGGGGGGGGGGGGGGGGGGGGGGGGGGGGGGGGGGGGGGGGGGGGGGGGGGGGGGGGGGGGGGGGGGGGGGGGGGGGGGGGGGGGGGGGGGGGGGGGGGGGGGGGGGGGGGGGGGGGGGGGGGGGGGGGGGGGGGGGGGGGGGGGGGGGGGGGGGGGGGGGGGGGGGGGGGGGGGGGGGGGGGGGGGGGGGGGGGGGGGGGGGGGGGGGGGGGGGGGGGGGGGGGGGGGGGGGGGGGGGGGGGGGGGGGGGGGGGGGGGGGGGGGGGGGGGGGGGGGGGGGGGGGGGGGGGGGGGGGGGGGGGGGGGGGGGGGGGGGGGGGGGGGGGGGGGGGGGGGGGGGGGGGGGGGGGGGGGGGGGGGGGGGGGGGGGGGGGGGGGGGGGGGGGGGGGGGGGGGGGGGGGGGGGGGGGGGGGGGGGGGGGGGGGGGGGGGGGGGGGGGGGGGGGGGGGGGGGGGGGGGGGGGGGGGGGGGGGGGGGGGGGGGGGGGGGGGGGGGGGGGGGGGGGGGGGGGGGGGGGGGGGGGGGGGGGGGGGGGGGGGGGGGGGGGGGGGGGGGGGGGGGGGGGGGGGGGGGGGGGGGGGGGGGGGGGGGGGGGGGGGGGGGGGGGGGGGGGGGGGGGGGGGGGGGGGGGGGGGGGGGGGGGGGGGGGGGGGGGGGGGGGGGGGGGGGGGGGGGGGGGGGGGGGGGGGGGGGGGGGGGGGGGGGGGGGGGGGGGGGGGGGGGGGGGGGGGGGGGGGGGGGGGGGGGGGGGGGGGGGGGGGGGGGGGGGGGGGGGGGGGGGGGGGGGGGGGGGGGGGGGGGGGGGGGGGGGGGGGGGGGGGGGGGGGGGGGGGGGGGGGGGGGGGGGGGGGGGGGGGGGGGGGGGGGGGGGGGGGGGGGGGGGGGGGGGGGGGGGGGGGGGGGGGGGGGGGGGGGGGGGGGGGGGGGGGGGGGGGGGGGGGGGGGGGGGGGGGGGGGGGGGGGGGGGGGGGGGGGGGGGGGGGGGGGGGGGGGGGGGGGGGGGGGGGGGGGGGGGGGGGGGGGGGGGGGGGGGGGGGGGGGGGGGGGGGGGGGGGGGGGGGGGGGGGGGGGGGGGGGGGGGGGGGGGGGGGGGGGGGGGGGGGGGGGGGGGGGGGGGGGGGGGGGGGGGGGGGGGGGGGGGGGGGGGGGGGGGGGGGGGGGGGGGGGGGGGGGGGGGGGGGGGGGGGGGGGGGGGGGGGGGGGGGGGGGGGGGGGGGGGGGGGGGGGGGGGGGGGGGGGGGGGGGGGGGGGGGGGGGGGGGGGGGGGGGGGGGGGGGGGGGGGGGGGGGGGGGGGGGGGGGGGGGGGGGGGGGGGGGGGGGGGGGGGGGGGGGGGGGGGGGGGGGGGGGGGGGGGGGGGGGGGGGGGGGGGGGGGGGGGGGGGGGGGGGGGGGGGGGGGGGGGGGGGGGGGGGGGGGGGGGGGGGGGGGGGGGGGGGGGGGGGGGGGGGGGGGGGGGGGGGGGGGGGGGGGGGGGGGGGGGGGGGGGGGGGGGGGGGGGGGGGGGGGGGGGGGGGGGGGGGGGGGGGGGGGGGGGGGGGGGGGGGGGGGGGGGGGGGGGGGGGGGGGGGGGGGGGGGGGGGGGGGGGGGGGGGGGGGGGGGGGGGGGGGGGGGGGGGGGGGGGGGGGGGGGGGGGGGGGGGGGGGGGGGGGGGGGGGGGUGGGGGGGGGGGGGGGGGGGGGGGGGGGGGGGGGGGGGGGGGGGGGGGGGGGGGGGGGGGGGGGGGGGGGGGGGGGGGGGGGGGGGGG